AUGUCCCAAGAUCAAUAUUUGAAAGAUCCUGAUAUCACAGAAACAACUGGACUCAUGUCUACAAGUGAUCCAGAUGCUAUCAUAGAAACUGGUGCUCAAGAGAUAUUUGAAUCUGUUAUAACAGAUGAAGAUCAUGAAGGUGAAAAUGAAGAUGUUAGAUGGUUAAGAGAAGAAAGAUUACAUCACAAGACUUUAAAUUGGUUUUAUAGACCAAGUGCAUUUAUGAUUACAAUUGCCUUAUUAUUAUGUUUCUUGGGUAUGGGUACAAGUUUAGGUCCAAGAGUUACUUUAACUUUAGAUUCAAUUUGUAAAAAGAUUCAAUUUGAAGAUUCAUCAAUAAAUGAACAAUGUCAUGAUCCAAGAAUUCAAUCUGAAUUACUUUCACUUCAAUCUGCUUUGUUAGUUGUCAAUGGGUUUUGUGGUUGUACAUUAUCUGGUUUGAUGGGGAAUUUAAGUGAUCGUUAUGGUAGAAAACAUGUAUUAUCAGUUGUUACUAUAGUUUAUUUUCUUGGUAGAGCUUUAACAGGUUAUUUAAUAUCACCUAAUACAACAUAUAAUAGAUAUUAUAUUAUAUUGGCAAAUAUUUUAGAAGGUUCAUUGGGUGGUACCACUGUUAUAAUGAAUAUUGCAAAUAGUUAUAUUACAGAUAUUGUGGAACCUCAUCAAAGAAAUGUUUCAAUUGGAUUUAUUUUUGGUACAUUAUAUGCAGGUUUAGCAUUUGGUCCACAAUUUUCAAAUUUAAUUCUAUUUUUUCGUCCAAAUGAUAAUGUUUUAACUAUAUAUUUUGAAUGUGGAUUAAUACUUUUAUCAAUUUUUGUUAUAGUUUUUCUAUUGCCAGAAUCAAGAUCUGUUAAAUUGAGAAGAAAAUCUCAAUCAUCACAUUUACAAAGAAAGGCAAGUUUUACAUCAAUUGAAUCAACAAAUUCAAAUAUUUCAAAUUUUUCAAUUUAUAAUAAAUUACAAUUAUGGAGAAUUUCUGAUAUUUUUUCACCUUUAAAACUUUUAUGGAUUCCAAAACAUCGUAAAUAUGGAUUAGGUCCAAGAAUUAAUAUUUUAUUAUUAUUAUUAAUUGAAAAUAUCAUGUUUUUAGCUACAACUACUUUAACAACAGCUUUAGUUACAUAUGCAACAUAUAUGUUUGAUUGGAAAUCUCAAAAUAUUUCAAGUUAUGCAUCAAUUUUAGGUGGUACUAAAACUGCAUGUCUUUUCAUUGUUUCACCAAUUUUAAUGCAUUAUUUAAAGAAGAAAUUAAAUCAAAAUACAAAAAGUGUUGAUAAUUUAGAUCGAUUAGUUAUUGGAAUUGCAUUAAUUUUUGAUUCUUUAGGACCAUUAACUGUUAUAUUGGCAACUAAUGGUUCAUAUCUGUAUGCAUCUGCUGCAUUUGCAUCAAUGGCUGCUUUAGGUGGGCCAACAAUUCAAAGUUCAUUAGUUAAACAUGUUUCAGAAUCGCAUAGUGGUGGAUUAUUUGGUGCUUCAUCAUUAGUUAGAAAUGGAGUUUUAACUAUAUUAUCACCAAUUUUAUUAUGGAUUAAUGGUAAAGCUUUAGCAGUUUUCCCAACUUUAUUAUUUUGGAUUAUGUUUGGAUUAUUUAUAUGUGCCAUUAUUGCAGUUUUUUUAUUAAAAUCUUAUGAUGCUAGUUUAGAUACUAAUAUAACACCUUCACAAUCAAUUUCAUCAUUUAGAUCAAAUCCAAGACCAACAACUAAUGGAUCUAGUUCUUCUAAUUUACAAAGACAAUUGAAUUAUGGUUCAACUAGUCAACCAUCAUCACCAAGAAGGUGA